GAGCUGAAGAGAAGAUUCUGGAAAGUUUCAGGAAGAGCCACAGUCCGGACGCGCUGGACUUCCAGCUGCAGGCGAUGAUCCAGGCGGCCGGAAAACUGGUGCUGAUUGACAAGCUGCUGCCCAAACUGCUGGCCGGGGGACACAAAGUCCUGGUCUUCUCACAGAUGGUCCGCUGUCUGGACAUCCUGGAGGACUACCUCAUCCAGAGACGCUACACGUAUGAGCGCAUCGACGGCCGUGUGCGAGGGAACCUGCGGCAGGCGGCCAUCGACAGGUUCUGUAAGCCCGACUCGGACCGCUUCGUCUUCCUGCUCUGCACCAGAGCUGGGGGGCUGGGAAUCAACCUGACGGCCGCAGACACCUGCAUCAUCUUCGACUCAGACUGGAACCCGCAGAACGACUUGCAGGCUCAGGCACGCUGUCACCGGAUUGGCCAGAGCAAAGCGGUGAAAGUCUACAGACUGAUCACCAGGAACUCGUACGAGAGGGAAAUGUUCGACAAGGCCAGUCUGAAGCUCGGACUGGAUAAAGCUGUUCUCCAAGAUAUAAACCGUAAAGGAAGCCUCAACGGGGUGCAGCAGCUUUCAAAACUGGAGCUGGAGGACUUGUUGAAAAAAGGAGCGUAUGGGGCCCUGAUGGACGAAGAAGACGAGGGCUCCAAGUUCUGCGAGGAAGACAUUGAUCAGAUUCUUCAAAGACGAACUCAGACCAUCACCAUCCAGACUGAGGGGAAAGGCUCCACAUUCGCUAAGGCCAGUUUCACCUCAUCUGGAAACAGAACGGACAUUUCUCUGGACGACCCCAACUUCUGGCAGAAAUGGGCCAAGAUCGCUGAAGUGGAGAUCGACUCCAAAUCCGAGAAGGAGUCCCUGGUGAUCGACACGCCUCGGGUGAGGAAACAGACCCGUCACUACAACUCCUUCGAGGAUGACGAGCUGAUGGAGUUCUCCGAGCUGGAAAGCGACUCGGAGGACCGGCCGUGUCGCAGUCGUCGCCUGGGCGAGCGCAGCCGACGCUACCUCCGUGCUGAGUGUUUCCGGGUCGAAAAGAAUCUACUGAUCUUUGGUUGGGGUCGGUGGAAGGACGUCCUAAACCACGGUCGCUUCAAGUGGCACCUGGCAGAGAGAGAUAUGGAGGUGAUCUGCAGAGCUCUGCUGGUCUACUGUCUGAGACACUACAAAGGUGACGACAAGAUCAAGAGCUUCAUCUGGGAUCUGAUCACACCCACCAAGGAGGGCCAGGACCAGACGCUGCUCAAUCACUCCGGUUUAUCAGCUCCGGUCCCUCGGGGUCGGAAGGGGAAGAAGCUGAAGAAUCAGCUGAACAUUCCUGAAGUGAAGAACGCUGACUGGCUGGUCCACUGUAACCCUGAAGUGGUUCUGCAGGACGAGAGCUACAAGAAGCACCUCAAACAGCACUGCAACAAGGUGCUGCUGAGGGUGAGGAUGUUGUACUACCUGAAGGUGGAGGUGUUGGGUGAGGCUGCCAAUCAGGCUCUGGAGGGGAUACCUGCCAGUAAACUUGAGGUGUCGCUACCAGACAUCGACUACAUUGAGAUCCCCGCGACGUGGUGGGACGCAGACGCCGACAAGUCCCUCCUCAUAGGAGUCCACAAACACGGAUAUGAGCGGUAUAACGCCAUGCGUGCUGAUCCGGAGCUGUGUUUCCUGGAGAGGGUGGGGAUGCCAGAUGUCACGGCGCUGACAGUUGAACAGGGUGGAGGAGAGGGGGCUGCAGACAUGACCGACAGUGUUUGUAAAACAGAGGAGGCGAAGGAUGAUGCUGAAAACAAAGCUGACGGAGGAGAGGACAGAGACGAGAGCAGCAAGGGAGAAGAAACCUGCUCCAGCACUGAUACCUCGGACAAACCUGACAGUACAGGUCCAGACUCCCAAAUGUUGACUGAUGUCUGCGUCCAGGAUGGGCCUUUGGUCACCACGACAACAACGGGAACAGGAACGGGUGUGGCGGCUCUGCACGUGGUCCAGGCUCGACCUCUCUGGCCCACGGGCCCAGCCUUGACGGCUCGUGUGCGGCGCCUCAUCACCGCCUACCAGCGGUUCACGCUGCGCCGCGAGCCACUGCUCAGGCACGACUUCCUGCUUCACGAUGGCCUUGUUGGCAUGGGGAUGGGAGGAGGCGGAUCCUCUCACAGUCAUCAUGCUGGCGGACCGUUGGCGUGGCAGCUGGGAGAAGAGCUGAGGAGGUGUUCCGUUGUCGCCACAGAACCGGACCCUCUGUUUCUGGAGUGGCAGAGGAGGUGGACUCGUCGAGAGCAAGCGGACUUCUACCGCACCGUGUCGUCGUACGGGGUGGUCUACGACCCAGAGAGGAAAACCUUCGACUGGUCUCAGUUCAGAGCUCUGGCCCGACUGGAGAGGAAGACGGACGAGAGUUUGGAGAGAUACUUUAACUCCUUCGUCAACAUGUGCAGGACGGCCUGCAAGCUGCCUCUGAGGAAGGAAGAAGGGCUGGUGGAUCCCGCAGUGCUCGUGGAGCCUCUGACAGAGGAGAGAGCCGCCCGGACUUUGUAUCGCAUCGAGCUGCUCCGCAAAAUCAGAGAGCAGGUUCUCCGUCACCCGUUACUCUCCGCCCGCCUCCAGCUGUGCCGCCCCUCCCUCUACCUCCCGGUCUGGUGGGAGACCGGCAAACACGACCGCGACCUCCUCAUCGGUGCGGCACGUCACGGCUUGAGUCGAACCGACUUCUACAUCCUCAACGACCCCCAGCUGAGCUUCCUGGAGGCUCACAGGAACUACGUCAAAAGACAGCCCUCUCACCUUCAUCCUCAGAGUUACCAUCACUCUCACCAUCCUGGCUUGUCGAUCUCGUCCUCUUCUUUCUCCUCGUCGCAUCCGCAGCUGCCGCAUCCUCACUGCUGCUUGUACGACUCAGGUCUCGGUCGUCACUCCCCUCAGCCUCCUGAAUACCCCCACCAGUCCUCUCACCACCACCAGCAUCACCACCAGCAUCACAUUAUGCCUCCAUCAGCUCCUUCUCCUUCGUCCUCUUCUUCCUCUUCCUCUCACCCUCACCUCCAACCUCCGCCGCUGGAUGCCCACGAUUCUGCCUCACCGAGCCUGGGAAUGGUGCCUGGGUCACGGGGAGAUUUCCUUGACUGUCCCCCUUUGGAUGAAUCCCUGGAGCUGAGUUCCCUGCAGCAUGACGCCAUGUCUGCAGAUGCGUUACAUGGAGGGAAAACGUCCAAAGAUGCCCUCAACGGUUUCCCGUUCAACUCUGCUGCAGGAGGUCAGAGUAUGCUCAACUCGUACGGCGUGGGCGGAACAGACCUGGAUUCAAAACUAAGGAGUGACGUGCUUGUAGGCGAGCAGGGUUCGUCAGAGGAAACAGGGCUGAUGGCGCCGUCAGUGGAGCUGGACCAGUUACAGGCUCCCUGGGACGGAACAGACCACUCCAGUCCUGCUCACCACAUGUUCAACGAGUCCGAUCCAAUCCUGGGUCCCUCCGCUCUGGAGACCGGCUUUCUGGAGGAGGAGGACGAGGAGACGCAGGGGGGAGACAGAGGAGGGGAGGAAGGUGGAACGCUGGAGGAGUGUCUGGGCCUUCCGCCCUCAUCCUCCCCGUCCCACCCAUCUGCAGGAGAUUCAGUGGAGCCGCUGUCCUCCAGCUACAUGCUCUUUAAGGACAUUGGUGUGAGUGAGGAACCCAGCGCCGAUCAAACUGACCUGUCAGUGAGCCCUCCUCCGCCGUACGUCCCCCCUCCUCCCCUCUCUCUGUCUGACAUCACCGCCCACGAGCCACAGGACAGGCUGGGCCACUCCGAUGUCGCUGUGAGCCUGACCAAUCCUGUGGACGAGGAAGAGGAGCGGGACGGAGGCGCUGGGUUUGAGUUCGACGAGAAGGAGGAAGAAGAUGUGGAAGACUUGUCGGGGGAGAACAUGGAGCAGAGGGGACACAAAGAAGGAGAUCGGCGUCUGGAAGGAGAGCAGAGUGACACGCAUCAAGACCAAAGUUUGGGAGUCUUGAAUCCACACAUGGACCAGAUCGAUGGGUUAGAACCAGAAGAACAGGACGAGAGGAUGGACGUGUCAAACCAUCUGUCUCAAGACUUUCAGCAGCGCUUUGAGCAAGGACAACAUAAAACGGGCUUUCCCCGAGUCGUGCAUCCUUAUCUCGGGAAGAUCGAGCAGUGUCCCGAGUCUAUUGAAGAGCCGGAGGAGGAGGUGGACGGGUUGAUUUUGUAUCAGACCGUUGAUGGAGAGACGAAUGAAAAGUCUGGAACUUUAAUAGGAAAUGCAUCUGAAGAGUUCCUGCAAGCGAGAGAAUUAGCAGAAGAUUCCAGAGAGGAUGGUUCGAUGGAGCACACAGAUCUUUCAGAUCAAGUUGAUGAGGACGUUCCGGUGAAACAAUCAAACACUAAAGCCUGUGAGACCGAGCUGGACGAUGUCUACUCAGACUGCACACGACCCUCCUGCCCUUCAGCCUCCCUCACCUCUGUUACAGACGCAUCAAAGUCUGAUGAGACCAACACAAAGAACGGUGGGAAUGUCGCCACAGAUCAGGAAGAUUACGAAGGUCCAGGUGAAGACUGUAAGAACGGAGCCCUGACAAUCGCCCCAUAUCAGGACAACAAAGACAAUCUGCUUCAACGCAUCAAAAUCAAACCCGUCGCUGCUCUGCCUGAAAACAGCAUUGACGCGAAACCAUCCGAUCUUAAAUUCCCUCUGUUACCAAACGAUGGGGGUGAGAAGAAACUGGCUCAACUGGAGCAGCCAAUCAAGGUAGAGGAGACAAAGAUGGAGGUCGCUGAGGAGGCGUUACCCGUAUACCCUGACAGCUGUGAAGUCAAACAUGCAAAGUUUCUCGCUUACCCCGUCAAGUCAGAAAAGUUAGUGACCAAAGCGGAGCAGUUAGAUUAUCCCCUGAAAGAAGAAACCCCGCAGUCAAAACCCGAAGAUCUAAGCAUCUCCAUGAAGCCUGAGAGCGUGGACCAUAAACCUGAAGUUCUCCAGUUUGCAGCCUUCUCAGAUGGCGUCGAAGUCAAACCUGAAGCCAAACCAGUGGCUCUCGACUUCACGUCUUAUCCAGAUGUCGCCAAGCUUAAGAGUGAGACGAAGCCAGAGGGUUUAGGGUUAACAGCUUUUCCUGACACGUCCGUCAUCAAGCCUGAAGCCAAGCCGGACGUUCUGGAGCUCGCAGCCUACCCGGACAGCUCAGAGGUCAAACCUGAGGCCAAGCCCGAGGGCCUCGAGUUCACGGAGAUCAAAUCUGAGACGAAGCAGGAGCUGCUGGAGGCCGACAGCACUGUCCUGACCCCGAAGCUCGAGCAAGCGGACGGGCUGGUGGACUCCUCGGAGAGCCUGGUGGAGAAAGGCCAAGUGAAGGAGGAGAGGCCGAGUACACCAGUCCCUGUGGUGGAAGGAUACGCGGGCAGCCCCAGGUUUGCAGCUCCCAUCUCCAUGUGUGACAUUCCCGACAGUCUCCAUGACGCCAGGGAGCCGACCAUCGCUCAGCUCUUACAGGAGAAGGCACUUUACUCGUUCUCAGAGUGGCCGAAGGACCGGGUGAUCAUUAAUCGUCUGGACAGCAUCUGUCACGCCAUCCUGAAAGGGAAGUGGCCUUGGCCCAGCGAGCAGCACGACGCGCCUGGUUCCCUCUCCGCCAACUCCUGCCUGGCCAACAGCUUGGCCCAGCACCACCACCACCACCACCAGCAGCGAGCGGGAUUCCUCCCCACCACGACCUCAAGCUCCGUCCAGGGACAGGCCAGAGUUCAGCAGACAAACCCGGGACUGGCGUUCCAGAUCCCUCCGCCUCUGACGAGACUACCUAAGUACAUGCCGCGGGGCGGCGCAUGCGGGCGCGGAGCUUGGCGCCUCACCUCCUUGCCUCUCUUACAGGAGAGGCUCGUGGCUCCUCCCUACCUCCCCGAGCUCAAACGUGCAGGAGGUCGGAGGUCUUUCGACUACGAAGCCGCGGCCGCUGCAGCCGCUGCCAAGGUUUUAGCUGGGAAAUCAGCGUCGGCGUGCCACGCUGCCGCCGCCACAAGCUCCAGUGGUGAGAAGGUGCCGGUGGUGGCCCCGCCCUCUCACCGCACAGGAGCCAUGUUGAUGAACGGCUGGCAAGAAGCAGCCAUCGAUCUAACCAAGUCGUCUACAGAAAUAAGCACCACUAGUGGCAGUGGCUCGGGUGACGCUGUGGUUGCACCAGGAAUCAGCCACCACGGUGCCGGCAGCGGCCACAAGCUGCCGCCGCCCCCCAUCACAGCACCGUUAACUGGCUCUGUGGGAAUCGACAUGGCGGGGAUACUGCAGGCCGGGCUCAUCCAUCCUGUUACAGGGCAGAUAGUUAACGGGAGCCUGAGGGGAGAUGACUCACUGAGGAGGAGGAGAGGGAGGAGGAGAAACGUGGAAGCUCUGUACUCUGAGUUCACCAAGAGCCGAGGACUGCACCUCCCUGAGACACAGGGCCGGGUGGAUAUGAUCAGCCACUCCUCCGUCUCCUCCUCCACUUCCUCGCCGUCCCCCUCCCCUUCAGAGCGACCCGCGGGUCCUCCCACUCCGUCCACCUCUUCUACUCCCACCCCCACGCAGACGCCUCCUCAGCCGGAGAUCGUGGCGAUCGACAGGGAGGCGGCGAGCAAAGGUCUCAUCGAGUGGCUGAGACAGAAUCCGAGCUACAGCAUGGAUCUGCCCACGUUCGCUCAUUCCGGAGCAGGUCUGUUACACGGUUUUGUGGAGCGUCCCAAGCAGAGGAGGCAUCGCUGCAAAGACCCGACCAAGCUGGACAUCAACUCUUUGACGGGGGAGGAGAGGGUUCCUGUCGUGCACCGAGGAACCGGACGCAGGCUUGGUGGCGCCAUGGCUCCGGCCAUAAAAGAGCUCUCCAGGUGGUUGGAUGCCAACUCGGAGUACUACGUCGCUCCAGACUGGGCUGAUGUGGUCAAACACUCUGGUUUCCUCCCCGAGGGGAAGUUCUCUCGGAUCCUGACAGAACCAGUUAACAGGGACCCGAACUCUCGUCGUCGUGGACGUCGGCCUCGCAAUGAGAUGCCUAAGCCCCUCCUUUCCGUCUCUGACUCCUCCUCAUCUGGCCUCGGCCCCCCGCUCUUCAUGAACGGCGGUUUGAUCGGCAGCAUGGACUCCAUGGUGGCCAUGCAGAAUCUCCGUGGCGGUAUUCCUGGAAUCCCCAUCUCGGGGAUCAUGGCAGCUGGAUUCCCUCACGGUUUCCAGGCGGGUGGAGCUGGAGCGUCGGCAGAAGACGCCAAGAACGGGUUGAGCAUGUUACCCAUGAUGCUGCAUGGCAUCCCGCACCCCCAUGGGGCUGCGAUCCCUCAGCAUGCCUUGUUCAGCGUCGGAGCAAUGAUGGCGCACGCGCCUCCUCCUCACCCCAGCUCCUCCUCCUCUUCUUCUUCACUGUCAGCGCCGAAGGUCACCACAACAAUGGCACCCUCCACAUCUGAGGCCAGCCCCUCAUCGACAACGCCCGCUGACAGAGAGAGUGCAGGCUCUCCGGGUACCGUAGGCGAAAAGGAGUGGAGCCAGGAUGAGAAAGGAGCAGCGGACACCAACAAAAGGUCGGGAGCGAUGGAGGCGGCCAUCAUUACCUCCACCAGCAGGGCCCAUCUUGGCUCUGUGCACCUCGGAGCGAGCGCUGGAAGCCAUCUUACCUUCAACCCCUUCCUGAUCCCGGGCAUGUCCCACGGCCUGCUGUAUCCACACAUGUUCUUGCCUCACGGUGGCAUCAUGGCGCUGCCCGCCAUGCCACCUGGCAUGGUAGACGGUUCCCCGGGAAGCCCAAAGAGGAGGAGGAAGAGAGGGAGGGAGGAAGGGGAGAGAGAGGAGGAGAAAGAAAGUACAGUUAAGGUUAGCGUCGCCUCCCACCCGGCCUCCUCCGUGUCUCCCUCCAUCCCCUCUACCUCGGCUCCGGACCCAGGCCCACCUCCGACUGAAGAGCCCCAGACCGGGCAGGGAGACACAGAGGACGGGCCCUCAGAGCCCCAGGAAUCAGACUCCCACGACCAUCCUGAGGGAGCAGCAGCAACACAGGAGGACGAGGAAGGAUCGGAGGAGAAGCAGGAAACUGAGGAGCAGAGACAGGAAGGCGGAGAGGAGGAAGUGUAGAGGAGGAGACAAACUGGACAGAGAGACGAAGCACUUCCUGCGCUCUCCUCCCGUCUCCUCUGUUGCUCCUUUUCUCGACUGAGCAACAGUGUAAAGUUUGUGCCGUGUCUGUCAGUCAAUGUCCAUGUAAAGACUUUUAUUAUGMCGAUGACUAAUAAUAACGAUGAUGAUGAUGAUGAUUAUAUUCAACUUGGUCAUGUUUAUAUACCAAGACCCCCCCCCUCGCCCUCUUCACUCCCUCCUUGUAUACAAACAAGUGUAAGAAACGAUUCUUCUAUGUAUUGUUCCCCUUCAUUCUGCAUCAAGACUGAGUCCACACACACACACACACACACACACUCACAGAAGGCAAUACCCUCUAACCCAGAAGUGUGUAUUUGGCGUGUCGUUACACAAAAAUCCAAGAUGGUCCGUCGAGACAAAUGUUUUUGGAUGCGCAGCUUCAGUUUGGUGUGUUUUGCACAGACACAAGAUUUAAAGGAGGUGGUUUUCUUAAUUCAUUCUGAACUUUGCUCCACUUUUCAGUGAAUUUGAAGACAGAGCGCUAAAAGACGAGCCCGUUCACCUCGGCCCUUUCUUGCCCUUCGUGCUUGUGGAUGAUAUUUACUUUUUGUGCAGGGCUCAAAAAGCUGCGUCCCCAGACACUGAAGCGUCUACAUUACAUUAACAUCAGGCUACAUCCACACAACUGUGCUUUCACAACUCUGGUACAGACACAGCGUCCGCACUUCUCUGGAGUUGUGGAGCCGCCAAAAGUUGAGACGUUAGUAAACGCUGCUUGAAUCCGUUUUCAUUUAAGAACUCCAGGUUUGCACAUUAGUCUGAACUGAGAUGUGCCGACUGGGACUUUUCCGUCAUGUCCUAGCCUUCGCUGAUUCUUCAGGCUCCUGUCACAUGACCUCCUUCCAGAAGAAGUCCACUACCUUAGUCUUAAGCUACCAGUGUAGAACACGACAUGGAGGAUCAAGUGUUACCGACCCUGUUGUCUUUGCUAAAAGCUGUUUGUGCAGUUAAAUUAUGUUUUUUUUUACAACAACACAACCGUUUACAUGUGGAGGAGACGAGCUGUUAUUCAAGUAUGUCCUGUUAACAUUGACACACACGUGCUCAGUGUACGAGUCGGGUCACGUGAUAUGCGUUUUCAGGCGUGUUAGCACGCGGAUUAUACAUACGGAGACGAAGCGCUCGUGUAGACGGAGAUACUUUAAGUUUGAAAACGUCAUUUACGUUGUAUGGAUGUGGCCUAAGAAAUAAAAUAAAACGGUCUGAGCACAUUUCAGAUCUUAGACUUUUAAAACCUCUAAAUCAGCUUGUUGUUGUAAAGGUAAGAAAGACGCCAAAUCAAAAAAACAAAAAUGUUUUUUUUACUUAAAUCAAGAAAUCUGUGGCCGUAAAAGUUGAUAAAUCCCAGGCCGGGAUGUUGUAUCUUAACUUUAAGAUAUUAUCUGCUGGUCCCACAUGUUUUAGAUAAAUCUGAUUCAUGUUUUUAUUAUGGCUAUAAUUUAUCUAUAAUCAAUGCUAUGCCGUUGCUGCUAUAACUUCUUUUUAAGAAGUUUAUUCGCCCUCACUAAAGAAGAAUCAGAUCUUCAGAACAAGAACACCACCUUUUUUAUUUUCUUCUGUUGAAAAGAGAUUAAUUUAAAGAGAUUAAGUCAUUUUAUCCCUUUCAAGAUCAUGUUAAGAUUUUUUAAUUUUUUUAUAUUUUAAGCUCAGACACAGAGUCACUUUGAGAGAACGUCCCUUUAGAGGUUUCUUUUUUUUUUUUUUUUUAAAGAGCUCAGCCAAACCACCAGGGGGCAGUAGGAGGUAGAUUUGAUUCCAUGCUAUCCAUCAGACAUCGAGAUGGAGGGAGGAAAGAGGAAAGGAGGUGUUUCUUUUUUUGUUUUGUCCCAAAUGACAUCACUGAAUCCGUUUGAACAGUGGCUCAUAAACAGUGAAACAACAAUUUCAAUCUUGACCUGUAGCAUCAUUUCAUAGUCGUGUGUUUUGUUUUAAUUUUUGACCACAACGUUCUCUUCUUUGUUUCCUCGGUGGGAUUCUGUGUAGAGAGAUGUCGACCAUCUGUCCAGCGAAAGGGAAAAGUCUGUACUUUCGAAUGAAGAACAGAUAGCACAGGAAGAGGAGGGAAGCAAAGCCGUGUGACUCAGUCGUUGCUCUUCGUCUCGUCUCUUUUCCUAAGAUUAGUUUUAAUAGCAGUUCAUACUAAGAGUUUCUAAAUAUGUAAAUCUA